AUGGCCUUCUCCUCCGCCGCACCCUGCAGAACCCGAACCCACCUCGCUUCCUCCGCUGAUUCAUAUUCCACUUUGCCCCUCAAAUUCGACAAAAUUACUCCCCCUUGCUAUUUGAAUCCAAAACCUCAUUCUAUUUUCUGUACCCUGGCCAAACAGACAAUGGCGGAGCAGCCACUCGAACCGGUGGUUCUGCAGCGGCCGGACUCGUUCGGCCGGUUCGGUAAGUUUGGUGGGAAAUAUGUACCUGAAACCCUAAUGUACGCCCUCACGGAGCUCGAGACUGCAUUCAAAUCCCUCGCUUCUGACCAGAAUUAUCAGAAUGAGCUAGAUGGGAUAUUGAGAGACUAUGUCGGCAGAGAGAGUCCUCUUUACUUUGCGGAACGACUUACAGAGCACUAUAAAUGUCCUGAUGGAAAAGGCCCACAUAUUUAUCUCAAAAGGGAAGAUCUUAACCACACUGGGGCCCAUAAAAUCAACAAUGCUGUUGCUCAAGCAUUGCUAGCCAAGCGCCACCCGUUCUUUGCAUAG